AUGACUAGCUAUCAAUUCUACCUGAACCCGUCGACCGCCACAACCGCCCCGUUCAACUAUCCGGUGCAGCCGAUGACGAUGUUCAGCGGAGCGCCGUACAGUGCAGGUAAACUCAAAAUUACAUCGCCUUCAUUUCCUGCACACCAAUUAAAUGAGGAUUAUACGGUAACGAUGGCGACGCGGGGGUGAGGGGAGGGCAUGACCAGUAUUCAUUUCUUAUUAUAUCCAUUUCACCAUUUCUUACCGUAUUCGGUUUCCAGUGUCAAGUAAGUCAAGUGUCUAGGUGAGAAAGAAUGGUGUCCUCCACACACGCUCGGGCGCUAUAAUCGCAUUUAAAUUUGCAUACAAACUCUUCUCUCUUCUUUCUCUCUCUCUCUCUCACUAUGUUCUGUAUCCCCCCUCUACAACCUUUACCAGUUUAUUCGUUGCCCAUAUUCUGUACAGUAGCCUUGAAAAAAUAUGAAUUUGUAUUAUGAAAAAUGUAGGUGGAAACUGACUACUCGACUCAAACUAGGCCUAGAAAAAAAUGAACGAAUAAAGUUUUCAGCUAUGAUUCCGAGAAAAAAUCGACGAGAGCGGACCACGUACAGUCGACAGCAAUUGGAAAUUCUGGAGAAUUUGUUCAAUGAAACACAAUAUCCGGAUGUUUUUGCUCGCGAACGUGUCGCCGAUCAAAUUCAUCUUCAGGAGAGCAGAAUUCAGGUAGGAUUGCAUAAAAUAUGAAUGUUAUAUAAUAUCGUUAACUUUUAGGUGUGGUUCAAGAACCGCAGAGCCAAGUACCGUCUUCAGGAGAAACAAAAGCCAAAGUCAGAAAAGGCAAAGCUGAAAGGUCAAAAUGUACCGGGGACUGGAGCAGGAACUCCAGCUGCGCUUCCGGAUGUUUUGAAAGAAAGCGUCUCGCCGGGCUACCAGCCACAAAUAAAGAGCGAACCGGAGAGCUGGUAAGUUUAUAGUUUUAUAGGACCCCCCGCCUCCCAACCCAUCAAAUCGGAUUAUGAUCCCUGCUGCCCCCCGAUAUAAUCAUCAACAACUGGAAUUACAUUGUAGAAGUAUUAACAAAAUUACAGCGACAACACGGUGGUCGGCGGCAAGAUGGAAAUGGGUUCUCCGAAAAGCAUUUCUCCCGUCGAGACCCCGACCAGUGGAACCAGUUCGAACACCUCUAGCAAUGAGCAUCAGUGGGCUGAGCAGAAUGUGAGUUUAAGAAGGAUUUCAGAUGACUUGUACUUUCAAAAAGUUUAUUUUAAGGGUCUUAAUAUUUGUGGAUUUUUUUAACCAGAUACGUGUAUUUUUAUGAAUUUCAUUAUGAAGACUCACAUUUCCUUUCUGAAUUUAGUUGUUCUGCCCCAAAAAAUUAUUUUAUGAAUAGAUAACUAGAAGUCGUUAAUUCCAGACGGCCACAUCUCCCGCGCUGAGCGCUACUGGUAACGCCGCAACUCCAACCUCCACUUCGAGCACUUCUGCAGUGUCAGCCGUUCCGAACCCAACCGUCUACAACACUUACCCGACUCCUCUGUACCCGCAAUGGGGAUUUGAUUACACCACGUACACUAACCCGCAAUACGCUCAAUUCUCUCAAGCCGCUCCGUACCAAAGCGCUUCUUUUUUCUAUCCAAAUGGCACUCUCUAA